AUGGAUUCUGAUAACGGUAAUAUAGAUGAUUACACAAUUUUUCAAAUAAUUCUGGAUCUAUUAUCGUGCUUAGAGAAGAUACAUGCCCGUGGUUACACGCAUGGAGAUGUGGCCAUACGAAACGUUAUACAGAGAAAUGGUAAUUUUUAUCUUAUUGACUUUGGCCUUGCAACUCUGUUGCAACUUCUCUUCAAUCCAUGUCAAGCAAUUAUUCGGGACUACAUUGGUUUGUGUCAAAUCAUUGGAGUUAUCAAGUUUGGAAAGGAAUUGUCGCUAUUAGAAUCAAUAGAUAAAUUGGAUGGAGAGUUGAAACCAUUUGUUGCAAUUAUCGAGAAUGCGAGUAGGUGGAAAAUAAUUAACGAAUAG